AUGCCUACUCAAGAGCAAGGCGGCAUCACAGUGAAUACCGAAACUGAUUUGGCUCACCACACAGAGCCAAAUGUUACAGCUGAACCAUGGCUAACUGCACCAUUCAUGGAGGCGUCGGUCGAAGACCAUCUACCGCCUCUUAUAUAUCGGCUCCCCGAAAGAUCACCGGCCCAGGCAAUUCAGUCACUGGACCUUCUGAAUGGCUUCUCUUCUCAACUGAUUGGAGCAUCUGGGGAAUCUGAUCCAUGGUUGCUGCGGCAUGGAAAAUUCGAUGAUCGUGGGUAUAUGUUGUUUCAUCAAGUGCAUUUUCGCAAUGCAGGCGGGGUGCCGGUGGAAGAAAAGAUCCCAGCACAUUUCUUAAUCAGUGCCAAUGCAGUAUACGAAUCUACGAAAGAGACGACCAGGUUCAUCAAAUUUGUCUUUCCAACCUUGCCUAUACUAUCAAGAUCUCUACUCGGUCUCUCCUCUUCUCGAACAGUACCAGACCAAGAAAUUCUCAAGUCCAUUCCUACCCAUCUUCUAGCGGCUAUAUAUGCGACCGCGUAUCAAUUCAUCAAAUUCGAUGACUAUCUAAGUGUCUUAAACGCAUACACUACGCCGCCAACCCUAGAUCUUUGGCGUAUGGUGGUCGAACUCAUCAUGUGUGACAUUCACACAUCGCACCUCUCGACUCUACAAGCAGGUCUUCUCUACCUCCACAGAGGCCUACAAGGUCCUGAGAAUGCCAUUGCAGACAGUCCCUUUAUUUGGUCAUUUUUAGGUCUCCUGGUGGGUAUGGCCACAUGCCUCGGCCUGCAACUGGAGUGUCGCCUGAUGGGCCUUCCAGCCUGGGAAAAGCGCCUUCGACGUCGGCUUUGGUGGGCACUCUAUGCAGAAGACAAAUGGCGCAGUCUUUUAAUGGGGCGACCACCGUACAUCCGGAACGAUGAGUGGGAUGUAGAGGAUCUCGACGAUGACGAUUUCAGACUGGAUGGGAUGCCGGUGGAGUUGUUACUUUCUGCGUCAACGGAAAACGAACAUCAACGGAAUGCCCUACGUGCACAGGUGUUCAGGAACUUUGUCAAUCUCGCCAAAAUCGCCGAUGACCUGCAACACUCCUUAUUCUCGCUGCGCGCUGCCCAGCGUCUUUCAACAAACUUCGGAGAAACACUUAAGACAGCUCAAGUGCUUCUGCGACGUCUCAAAGAAUGGUACUCAAACCUUCCACCGACCCUCAAACUCCAAAACCGGGCGUUUCCCGCCACCGAUUCAACAGACCAUCAUCUGCACCAACACACCAACCCCCUCCACUUUGCCUACAUCCUUCUCGAAGUCUUCAUUUUCAGAUCGCUUCUCCGCCCCAUGGUUCGAUCCGCCGCCCCACCGCGCUUAUUCGAAGAGACCGACAUCCAAGAUGUCUUUACCAAUCCGGUAGAUGAUUACAUCGCACAAAUUGUAGAUUGUGAUGAAGUUGAGCCAACGCCGGCAAUUGACAUGUGCAGUGGAGAUAGCAGUGUGAAUGUAACACUCACAGCUGCAGAGAAUUGUGCUGCCCGCAUGAUUCGCUUUGUUGUGCGUAUGCCGCUUAGUGAAGGGGGCUUUGAGUUCUGGUACUCUUGGUGCCGUAUUGGCUUCGCUACAACAUCAAACUUUAUGUUGCUUUUGCUUGUCCAAGCGCCCUCUGCAGACUACGCGACGCGUGCUCAUAAAUUACUGCAUAUGUGGCGACAAACUAUCCGAAGGCAGAGUCAGGGAAAUGAAUGGAUGAAGCUGGCUCUUGUAAGACAUAACUCUCAACCGUAUAACCAGAUGCAAUCAACAAACUCUCCAUCCUUAAUGGAGAUUGAUCCCUCUAGGAUUAACGUGAUCAGGGAAAUCAAGCGCUCUGAUGCGUCCUCAUUGUUCGAAGUGGCUCUCGAUGGGCAAAAGUAUGUACUAAAGCUAUUCCACGAUAACGGCGACCCUGGAUAUACUGAAAAAGGUCGUGAUCUGAACCGGUUUCGCUGCGAAUCCAAUGCAUACAAGAAUCUCCUCGAGGCCGGCGCGAUCGAGGGCAUGAAGGAGAUCCACAGGGCAGGCGUUCAUCACCAAGACAUAUAUCCAAAGAAUCUUCUUGUUCACGGGGAUAGCGAUCGGCUGGUUUGGAUUGACUUUGAUGUCGCAACAACAUUCGCUGGAUUUGGACACGAACAGCGUAGCAUCUGUGAUUACGAAAUCGCUCUUGUGAAGGGAUUUGGAGACGCACUGGUAGGGACUCCAUCAUUGCCCUCGUCGGAAGCAUUGGCGUACCUACUGACGGAUACAGAGAGAAGACCAGGCCGAGGGCCUUCUACCGAAUACGAAGUUUUACUGAAGCUCAUGGCAUCUUAUGCCUCUCAGAAUAUACGACUUCGUUUAUGCGGCUACAAGGGCCGUCUUAAUUCAAAGGGCUCCUAG